AUGGGGGUGACUGUGGGCCCUGGGUCGGGUAUGGGUAUGGGGAUGGGUAUGGGUGGUUCCGGGAUGGGUAUGGGUGGUUCCGGGAUAGGUAUGGGAUCUGGGUCGAGCACGGGCCCUGGUCAGUUCAACUACGAGGCGACGAUCCACUUGAUGUUUAGCGAGUUGACGACGAAGUUGCGGCGGACGGAGAAGGAGAACAAGAAGUUGCGGCAGGAGUUGGCUAAGUUGCAGCAGGAGGGGGCGCAGCGAAAUGAGGAGUUGGUGCGUUUGCGGAGCGAGAAGAGUGCGCUGGAGGCUGAGCUGGCGGAACGAGAGCGAGGGGCGGUGACUGAGUUGGAGACGUUGGCGGAGACUAACGAUUUUCUGCAGAUGAAGUUGCGGGGCCAGAAGGGGUUGGCGCAGGGCAUCGAGAGCGUGUUGAGUGACCUGUCAAGUUACGCGACGGACCGGCUGCGAUAUGCCCCGGACUGCGACAUCGUGCGCGACCUGGGUGCAUACGUGAAGGGUUGCUGUUCUCGCGGCUUCGACUUCUUGCGUUCAGCCGUCUAUCAAAUGUCGCUCGACCACGACCCACUCUACGACAACAGCCCUCGGCAGAAUCGACCCACGCCGCCCUACGGUUCCGAAACCAGCCGCUACCUCGGCAACCGACUCAGCCGAGCCACCGGAGACGAACCUCCACGACACCUCCACCGCCUACCCGCACGACGAAACGAAUCCGGCUUCGACGACAACAGCUCCUUCGGCUUCGAAGACUCCGCACGAAGCUACGGCCUCAACCAACGUAGGAAACACCUGGCCAGCACCCAAUCCACCGCAGCCACACCACCUCACCCAGGCCCCGCCUUCCGCACCAACGCCGAACGCGGCGACCGACUCGUCGCUGGCGACCGAGGAAGUCUCGCGGGUGGCGACCGACUCGGCGCUGGCGACCGAAUAAGUCUCGCCGCUGGCGAUCGAAUGAGUCUCGCCGCUGGCGACCGAGUGGGCCUUGGUGAGAGAGCGGGCCUUGGAGAGCGAGCGGCAACACGUCCCUGCGCCGCAUUCCUGCACCAGUGCCUCUUCUGCAACCAGCUCGUUACAGGCCUGCCGUACCUGCGUGGAACUGCGUCCGCCUACCGACGAGAAGCGCGCAACCCCUACCUCACCGUCGACAACAAACUACUCACGCCCGCCGCCAACGGAGAGCAAAUGUGGACCCCCGGCAGCGCCUUCGCUUCCUCGGCGGCAAACGGCCUCCACGAACCGCCCUACAAUUCCCGGCUUCGCUGA